AUGAUAACACUUUACACGCUCCUCUUCUCCAUCACAGUUUCCGUCGUGUUCUGUGCGACUGGCGAUUUCACAGUUGACACGUAUCCAAACCCGAGAAGAGGCGGAUUCAAGGAGUGCGGUCUGCGGAGCGCUGGAAGUGUUUGCGAUCCAUAUGAGGUACGUUCUGAGUCGGUCAGUUGAACUUUUGUUUGGACUCAGUUCCGAGCGAGAAUGAGAUGAAGUGCUAGGAAAACAAGAAAUCGGAUGAGACCAAGAGUCAGUUUUCAAAGGUCGGACGGUUUAUUAGUGUGUUCAACAAUGAGUUUUGAGUUGAUCAAAAACAUAUUCAGAAAAUUUUAGUGGUAAACUGUUACUUCUCAAUGAAAACCUCUAAAUUUGCAUAUGAAUUUGACAAUACUCCACUUCACACUUUCAAACUGACAUUGCUAGAGAAAAAUAGUUGAUCAAUUGAAAAAGUUAAAAUUUUAGUUUGAAAUUCCAGAUUUGUGAAAGUAUUCUGACAAAAUGCAAUGUUUCAGACCCUGAGCGAAUCGGAGCGAUAUCGCAUUAACACUGCGCUUGUCAGUUUCCGAACGAAAACGGAAUUGAGUGGAAAUGACUUUUGCACCAGAAAAGGAACAGAUGCAAUGUUUGUCAUCGUCAACCAGGUAAGUUAGGGUUCUAUAUUGAUGUCAACGUCUAAAAAUAUCACUUUUUGCAAAAUGAAUACAAAAUGAACAUUUCUUCAGGCAUCACAACAAUUUACUGACGAUCUUCGUAAACACUGGAACGACAUAGACACGCAGUGCGGUCGCUUUGGUCUUCUUCUUCUCUCGUUCGAAGACCGACGCAUUUAUGGGUCGUUUGAUGAACGAUCACCAAUUAGUAAGCGAUUGAACCUUUCAAAGUUACUAGAGAAUCAAAUAGAUGCGUUUGAUUUAUUGUGAUCUGGUCACGAUGAUGAAAUUUUUAGUUUUAAAAUCAGUUUAGUGCUGGUAAAAGAAAAACAGCUGCAUUCUAAGAAAACUGAAUUGUACACUCGAAAAUUGUGUAAACUUGGAAAUGAUCACUGUUCACUCAUUAACCCGAAAUGAAUAGUUUCACAAGAGAGAAUGUCACUCAAACAGGUUUAUAUAAAACAAGAAGACAUUUCUACCGAUGGAAUAAUAUUCUCUGAGAUUGUGUUGAAGUGAGGCGUGUGAAACUCUACUAGGGAUAUUUCAAAGGUCGGAUGAGCUAGUUUUUUUGCGUUGCCAACAAAAAUGCAUUCAAAAUAUUCAAAUCCUUUUAUUCAGUCACGCAUUUUUACGUAAUAUAUUUUCAGAAAUGUCUCAACUCCAGGCGAUUAUUGCCACGGAAGACGCUCACAUUCAAACCGGAAGUUUCACCACUGCUGUCACCAACAUCCUCAAGGAAGUCGCAGCCUCCAUGACCCCAUUGUCGGGAUCCACAACUCAACCACCAACUACAACCAUGUCAGCUUCUACUCAAUUUACCAUUGCUUCUGUAUUUUUGACUUUUCUGCUAUCAUAUCUUCUCUAG